AUUCCAAAAGGUAAAGUGGCUAGGUGUCGAGAAUUUUGUGUUCUCUUGCUUUCUUACAUUUUAGGCUACAAAACGAAAUUAGAAAAGGAAAAACCUCUGUAGGGGUUUUAUACGAGGGAAGUGAAGUUUCUUCUUAAUCAGAUGCUCUGGAGUCUGUAUACUCUGUUCUCAAAGCUCUUGUGCUUAGAUCUUAAAUUUUAGUACCCAUUGGAAUCCAAAAGGAGAACGGGACACUAUCCUUCAAGAGGUGUAGCGCCCGUUUUCUUGUGUCUCACCCGAAGAAAAAAAAGCUACAGGUUGGAAUUGAGCGUUAAGAGUGAUGUCAGGAGCAACAUCUCUUGGAAAGCUUGCCAGACAGUUCAGUCAAAUCAGACUAUAUGCUACCCAUCUCAAUGUGGAUGCUCGAUAUCCAGUUCGCAGCCUGAGAAGUGCAAGUUCAGUUUUAGACAGCCAAUCCAGCAGUGAUAGAGUGCCUCAGUUCCCCGAUGAAGAUGCUGGAGCUUUGUCCAGGAUCCGAAUAGGGGAAAAUAUCUCAAGGAAGGAUAAGGCCAAGUUUCUUGUCAGUACACUCGAACUCAAUGAUAGCAAAGAAGCUGUGUAUGGUGCACUUGAUGCCUGGGUUGCAUGGGAAAGGAAUUUUCCUAUAGGGCAACUGAAGAAUGUGCUGAUUAACCUUGAGAAAGAGCAACAGUGGCAUAGGAUUAUCCAGGUUAUAAAAUGGAUGCUAAGCAAGGGGCAAGGAAACACAAUGGGUACAUAUAAGCAAUUAAUUCAGGCGCUAGAUAUGGACCACAGGGCACAAGAAGCGCAUGAAUUUUGGAGGAGGAAAAUUGGCUCUGACUUGCAUUCAGUUUCUUGGGAACUAUGUAAAGUAAUGAUUUCUGUUUAUUACCGAAAUAACAUGUUACAGGAUCUUGUAAAACUAUUUAAGGGGUUGGAAGCCUUUGAUCGUAAACCGCCAGAGAAAUCUAUCGUGCGGAAAGUGGCUGAUGCAUAUGAGAUGUUAGGUUUACUUGAAGAGAAGGAACGAGUAUUGGUUAAGUACGAGGAGCUAUUCAAGGAUAACAUGAAGGGGCCUUUUGCAAAUAGAAAGAGGCAACUUAAGAAGAAGACUUCAGGGAAGCACAAGGAUGGUCCAGAAAUUGAGAGUCAUAAUGAUGUUUCCCUGAGUGGGCUAUAGAUUGUUUGUCCAUGCUCAAUAUGUACAAAAUGCAGCAUUGCCUUUAGUUUCUCUUCUGAAAUGGAGUAUAAGAAAAGCCUUUUCCUGUUCCAUUUAUUAUACUGCUGAGGAUCUUCUGAUUGUUAUUUCGUAGUUAAACAUCCUGCAGGCUUGCAUGUGUUUGGUUGAUUAAA